GUGAAGCUAAAUCUAUCUGGAUCGAGUCUGUUGUUGCUUCAGUAAAGCCAGUCUCCAGGCGGAGUGUGGGACACAGUUUACUGCGAAAUGUGUUUUUCUUUCUACUAACAAAACGGGAUUUCAAACGUGUGUAUUGAUGUAGCGUUAGCAGCUUACGUUGACUCACUAAACUCAUCCGGAUCAGUCAGUAAUCCCUUAAAUUCAACUGGAUGCUGACAGACUCUUGGGUGGGGCUAACGCGGAUCACCGUACACUGGAGCCCAGCCCAGGGAUAAAUCAUACUGCACAGACUCAGUUUAAAGCACCGAGGGGCAGUCAAAAGCCAUGACCAAGCCCGAGUCGAGGAAAAGCGGCGUGGCUGCCAUGAGCUCCACCAGCAAGUGCGCCACAUCCGCCCCCGCCACCGCGCAGGUCAACGACGGUGCGGUGGAGCCGGGCUGUCCGGAUCACAGCGCACACAUCAAGGCUAAUGUGAUGAAGCAGACUUCCAGGGAGAGCAUGAAUUGGAGGAACUGUGGAGUGGAUUGUGAAGUCUACGACGACGGGACCAACACCUUUUUCUGGCGAGCCCACACUGUGACGGUGCUGUUCAUCCUGACCUGCGCUCUGGUCUAUGUCACGCUGUUGGAGGAGACCCCCCAGGACACGGCCUACAACACUAAGAGAGGAAUUGUGGCAAGCAUCCUGGUGUUUCUCUGUUUUGGAGUGACGCAAGCGAAAGAUGGGCCCUUCACCAGACCACAUCCAGCAUACUGGAGGUUCUGGCUGUGUGUCUCUGUCGUCUACGAGCUGUUCCUCAUCUUCAUCCUCUUCCAGACGGUGCACGAUGGACGACAGUUCAUGAAGUACAUCGACCCCAAGCUGGGGGUCCCGCUGCCGGAGCGCGACUAUGGAGGAAACUGCCUCAUGUACGACCCGGGCAACACCACAGACCCCUUCCACAACAUCUGGGACAAGAUAGACGGCUUCGUUCCAGCUCACUUCCUGGGAUGGUAUAUCAAGACUCUGGUGAUCCGGGACUGGUGGAUGUGUAUGAUAAUCAGUGUCAUGUUUGAGUUCCUGGAAUACAGCCUGGAGCACCAACUGCCGAACUUCUCAGAGUGCUGGUGGGAUCAUUGGAUCAUGGACGUGUUGGUGUGUAACGGCCUGGGGAUCUACUGCGGCAUGAAGACCCUAGGCUGGCUGUCCAUGAAGCCCUACCAGUGGCAGGGGCUGUGGAAUAUCCCCACAUACAAGGGAAAGAUAAAGCGCAUAGCUUUCCAGUUCACUCCGUACAGCUGGGUGAAGUUUGAGUGGAAGCCUGCUUCAAACCUUCGUCGCUGGCUCGCCGUGUUAGGAAUUAUCUUUAUGUUCCUCCUGGCGGAGCUGAACACUUUCUACCUGAAGUUCGUGCUGUGGAUGCCUCCGGAGCACUACCUGGUGCUGCUCCGCCUCGUCUUUUUCGUCAACGUAGGAGGAGUAGCCAUGAGGGAGAUCUACGACUUCAUGGAUGACCCGAAGUUCCAUAGGAAGCUGGGGCAGCAGGCGUGGCUGGUGGCGGCCAUCACAGUGACGGAGUUCCUCAUCGUGGUCAAAUACGACCCCAACACCAUCAUGCUGCCCAUCCCCUUCUUCAUCACGCAGUGCUGGUUCCUGGGGAUCCUCCUCAUCUUCACCUGGACCCUGUGGAGGUUUUUCUUCCGUGACAUCACGCUCCGUUACAAAGAGACCCGCCGACGCAAACAGGAAUCCCCCUCGGACCGAGACCGCUCCCUCGGCAACGGCAACCCCUCCACCCCUUCUGGACGCAGCAAACUGAACGGCAGCUCGGAGACGGUACGGCAGAGAAAAUCCUGAAGCGGUGGAGUGGGGGGCGGAUGGGGGGGGGGGACGAGUCCUGAGCGUCGGUCAGCAGCAACUGAAGGAGAACGUUCGAGGUUCGGUGGGAGAGAGAAACAAGAAAACUGAAGCAGACGCAAAGAAACAUGUAGAGGCAAACUGAUGGACACGUGCUGAGUAGACUUUAUUUGUGCCUACAUGAACCAAGCAGUCGUUCAACAGAGGCAACGAGGGGGGGGGGGGGGGGUGCUUUGAUGUCGAUGCAUCGUCUAGUUAUUGUCUUACUACAGGGAUUUACCUCAUUCUAUUUUUUUAACUGCAUUUGAGGGAAUUAUACACAAGUUAGUGUAUUAUUUAUACACUUAGGAAAAAGCUGAAUCAAAGAGAGAAGGAGGUGGCCGAGGGAAGUAUAUAAUGUAGAUUUGUGACCAAUCGUAAUCCCUUUUCUCAGCUGCACACUUUUAGAAUACAAGAGGUGAGUGUUAGAAAAUGUCCGCCACUGUAAAUACGCUUUGUUCCGUGUGUCGUGCGCAGUAGCAUCGGUGCAGGUGAGAAAAAGGAGAGUAUUCGGAGAGUUUUCUGUACGUGACGGUUACUGAUGUUCAGUGUCAACCGGGAAUAUUGGCCAUAAUGAUGCCAAGCAGCAGUUCAAAUCCAGCUCGGUAAAUACUGACAAAAUGUUCUCUUUAUUUUUUGGUUUCGAGUUAUCUUUCGGAAGGUUUUGGUCUCCUGAUGCAUUGUUUACACGAGGGAGACGCUAUCAUCUUUUCAUCUUUACUCAUUCCUGGAAACAAAGCCUCGAGGUGCUUGUGAACGCGGGGCGGUCCUCGCUCAGUCUGACGAGAGAGGAGAGAGAACUGGCCGAAGCCUUCUUUAAUAGAAUAUAACAAAUAAAAUCAAGGUGUACCAUAUUGUAGUUAUUUAACUGCUGAUUAUACAUGAUUUAUGGGGUAUAGUUUGAGUAUUUUUGUAGUUCCUUUGUUAUCACUACUGUUACCAUAAUAGAUUCCUUAUAGAAGUUCCUCGUUUUAAAGAAAUGCAGCACUCUAAAUAAACAAAUCCAUGACAAUCACACUGAUAGGAAGCAUUAAUCCUGUCUGAUGGACUCAUGUUGGCUCGGCACACAUGGCAGAGAUCUCUCCACUGUAACAAGACUAACGCUCGUUCAGGCACAUCAGAACGUACACUUAACAUCUGAUUAGGUUAAUGCCAAAUGGAUUUUUAAUUAACCCUUCAUUUAGAGCAUGUGCUGUUGUGGCUGAAACUAAAUGAAAGCGGUUAAGCUGUGUUUUGGUGUGUAUUGUAUACAAGCCAAAGCUUAGAUCCUGUUCUUGAUAAAGCCAUAAAUGCCACUCAGACCCACCCGAGCCACUUAAACAGCUGAUAAAUCUCUUUCAGAUUCCUCUACAUUUCAACUAAAGCAGUCCCAGAGCACCCGGGAUCCUGUCAGCCAUUUUUACGUUAAAAAAGGAACCUUCUAGGGGUCAGACCAUUCAAAAGAACAUAUUUACUUUUGUCAAAAUUGGAACUUAAACUGUCUGAAAAUGUGUAAUUGUCUCAGUAUUUGUUGAUUUUUUUGUCAGUUACAUAGAACAUAAGGAUGUAUUAGUCGACUGUAUAUGAAUCUUGUUUUCACGGUGGAUUGUUUCUGUGAUUUAUUUUCAAACAAAAAGCCAAGCAUUCUUCUUUAGCAGCUUCUCCAGUGCUGCUGCUUCUCUUACGUGAACUGAGUAUCUUUGUGUAUUGGACAAUUGGUCAAACAAAACCAUGAUUUAGAAACAGAAAAUACCAAUAUAAUGUUUUCUGCCCAUCUAUAGGAAGAAGAAAAGAAAAUCUGUUGGCGAAAAAUAAAACCAACAGAUUCAUUAAAAUAGUUAGAUGCAGCCUUAGUCAGAUGAUCUGAGCUUUUCGUAAUGCUAUGAAAAAUACACUGUAGUCAGACCUCAAAUAUUGUUCCCUAUACAGUAUGUCACUCAGAAAGCUUUAGUCUGAAGUUCAGAGAAUCAGCUGUAAAUGUGAAGGUGUGUCACUCGUCCUGUCCCAGUGGCUUCAUAGCUGCAGACAAAGCAUUGACGAUCGCCCCAAAUGGUCCUCCUGUAAACUGGACUGAUGUUUAAUGACCCUGAAGUCAUUUUCUUUUGAAUGUAACCCAGCUGAAUCUGCUUUCCAAGUGAGACCUCAUCAUAUUUCAGUUUAUUUCACCAUAAACACUAAACUAAAAGUUCUUCAUUCUCAUCCCGUCUGUAAAUGUUUCCCCUCUUUCUUUUGAAUACAGAGAUUGCUGUGCAAAUGUGAAACCCUAAAAACAAUGUUUAGCUGAAAGGUCAAAGUCUGUCCUCCCGUGCUGUGCUGAUUCAGUUGCUUGUGAACUUUGUAGAAGUUUACUUUAUUCCCCUUUAUUCCUUUAAAUUACAUGGGGGUUCAAUGUCAGUGUCCAUGCCUUGGAUUGGUAGAUGUUUUUAAUUGAAAUCUCUAAAGACUUAAACCAACCCAAGAAUGUGCACAUCACAAAUGAUUGAUUUCAGAAUCUGAAUUGCAUUUAUGAGUUAUGGAACUGAAUAUAAACUGUUUUUCCCCACCGUCCCCCCCCCCCCGUCCCCAAAAGGACCCUUUUCCUUAAAUGUCUUUUAGGGUUCCGUGUAGUUCCACCUGCAGCCACGCGGGGGCGGUACGUUAUUUGUUACUGCUCUGACUUCAAUGUGUUCUUGUCUCCAUGGUAACGAUCAUUCGCAACUUGCUGUAAAAGCAAUUUUUUCAACUUGGUUUGUGUACAUUUGAACAUGUUAAAGAUCAUAAUAACUGACAAUAUGCUGCUGCACCACAUACUUUUAUAAUGUUUUCAAUAAAAUCCACUGAAAACCUG